UUUCAUUCCAUUUCUUGUUCCCACAUCUCAAAAUUUCCCUCUCCUUCUUCCCUUUUUUCCCCUUUGCUUAUUGGGGUUUUCUGUAAAUGCUCUUCUUCCUUCUCCCCUGCUUCUUCUCCGUGUUCUCUCUCGUUUUUGAGUUCGAUUCCUGCUUCUCGGAGCUUUUUUCCUUGCGAUUCUUCUCGAUUCUUGCUCUGUUCUUGUCCCCAUGCCUGCUCUCGUCAAUUACGGUGGUGAUGAUGAAUGUUACCCUGGGGUUUCAUUUUACCCCAGUCCCAUGGAUUUGGAUGGCUUGCUGCCAUCUAGCUCUCAUGUCGAUCUGUAUUUUCGACCUAGUAAGAGAGCUCGGAUCGGUGCUCCGGUCGUGUUUGGAGGAAGAGCAAGUGAGCAGGUGUGUAAACCAUCCAUUGAAGCUCUUCCUGAUGAGUGUCUCUUUGAGAUCUUCAGGCAUCUGCACAGUACUAAAGAAAGGAGCUCGUGUGCAGGCGUCUCGAAACGGUGGCUUAUGCUUUUGAGUACUAUUCGUAAGGCGGAAAUUUGCAAGAGCAAUCGUGCAUCGAUCAAUCCGUUGGUUGAACGUUUGAAUGUUGUGCAGAAGAAGCCUGAAUCUGAUGAGAUUUCGGAUCAUGAGGAUGAAAGUAAUGGUUUUCUUACAAGAUGUUUGGAAGGAAAGAAAGCUACUGAUGUAAGACUUGCUGCUAUUGCAGUAGGAACUAGUGGACGUGGGGGUUUGGGUAAGCUUUCGAUUCGAGGAAGUAACUCUACUCGGGGAGUUACCAAUCUCGGUAUUUCGGCGAUUGCCCAUGGUUGCCCUUCUCUUCGGAUGCUUUCUCUGUGGAAUGUACCAUCGGUCGGGGAUGAAGGAUUGUUUGAAAUAGCUAAAGAAUGUCAUUUGCUCGAGAAACUUGACCUCUGCCACUGCCCUUCGAUAUCGGACAAAGGUUUGAUUGCAAUUGCGGAGCGAUGCACAAAUUUGACCUCGCUAAUCAUUGAAUCAUGUCCAAACAUUGGAAACGAGGGUUUGCAAGCAAUUGGAAAAUCGUGUUCUAAACUACAGACGAUCUCUAUCAGAGAUUGCCCUCGUGUCGGGGAUCAAGGUGUGUCAAGUCUAUUCGCGUCAUCUACUUGUGCCAUAACGAAGGUAAAGAUCCAAGCAAUGAACAUAACGGAUUUCUCUCUUGCUGUGAUUGGACACUAUGGCCGAGCCAUAACACACCUAACCCUUAGUGGUCUUCAGAACGUUAGCGAGAAGGGGUUUUGGGUAAUGGGAAGCGCUAAGGGCUUGAAGAAAUUAACGUCGGUGACAAUUGCUUCGUGCCGAGGGAUGACCGAUGUGAGUCUUGAAGCAAUGGGAAAGGGAAUUGCAAACCUGAAGCAGAUGUGCAUUCAGAAGUGUUGUUUUGUAUCAGACAACGGAUUGAUAGCGUUCGCUAGAACUGCAGGAUCGCUCGAGACCUUGCAACUAGAGGAGUGCAACAGAAUCACGUUAUUGGGCAUCGGCGGUGCCCUCUCGAACCAUAUUCGGAAUUUGAAGUCUCUUACUUUGGUGAAGUGCAUGGGGAUCAAAGAUAUAGCUCAAGAAGUAACAUUGCCCUCUCUUUGCACCUCCCUUAGAUCCUUAUCUAUCCAAAACUGCCCUGGCUUUGGCAGUGCUAGUCUUUCAAUGGUCGGGACGUUAUGUCCUCAACUUCAGCACGUCAAAUUGAUUGGCCUUUACAGUAUCACGGAUGCCUCGAUGCUUCCACUUCUCGAGACCUGUGAAGGGCUCGUGAAGGUGAACCUUAGUGGUUGCGUAAAUUUGACAGACGAAACGAUCUCAACCUUGGUUAGGCUACACGGAGGAACGAUUGAAGUUCUGAAUCUCGACCGUUGCAGAAAGAUCACUGAUGCAAGUUUGGUAGCUAUUGCAGACGCGUGCUUAUCAUUAAACGAAUUAGAUGUUUCGAAGUGUGCAAUCACCGACGCAGGGCUUGCAGUUCUUUCAUCUUCAGAGCAAAUAAACUUGCAAGUCCUCUCCCUAUCGGGUUGUUCCGAAGUAUCGAACAAGAGCUUGCCGUUCUUAGAAAGAUUGGGAAAGUCACUCGUUGGCUUGAAUCUCAAAAACUGCCACUCGAUCAGUAGUGGCACGGUCGGGAUGAUCAUUGAGGACUUAUGGAGAUGCGACAUUCUCGUCUAACCACGAAUGGUCGGCGAGAUCGACAAGCUCUUAGGUACGUCAAGUUUAUAGCAGCAGCACUCAGCAAACUCUUUCCUCCGUAAGCAGCGGGCUUCGGGGCAGACGGAUUACUCGAUGUGUGGCUUGGUUGUUUUAGGGACCUAUGGCCAAUUACCUUCAUUUUUGCAAGCUUUCCCUAGCUUGUUCAACUGUUUUGGGUCUCCCUUGAUGGAAGGCGUCCUCUUUUAUGGCCAUGGGUCCCUAAGAAAAUACCAUCACCAAGUCACAGUUAGGAUUUGCCUGUCUUUAUUGGCCCACUGAUCUAGCUACUGGUUUUGUCAAGCUGAGAUUGUAUGACACAUUCCUUCUAUAACGUGUUUCAUAUAUGUCGUCUUCGGUUAAACGAGCCCGUGUCCACUCUAGUGUCUGUCGUUCAUGUUCUCGUGUAUGUUGUGUUGCUUUGAGUGUUCGGUUAAACAAGCCCCCUCACGUCGAGUCUUUCGUGUUCUCUUGCAUAUGUUGUGUUGUUUCGUGUCGGUCAUUGUAAGUGUAAGUGUCGAUGUCUGUUGAACGUGAGCUUCGGUAUGCCGUUACAACCUCUGGUUGUUUUUUUUUCAUUCCGAAGCUACUUCGAUAUAGUCGUGUUUGGUAACUAUUGUGUUUGUUUACUACUAAAUAAAGAGAAGAGAUGUCCUUCUUUUGUCUCGUAAA